AUGGUUACCAGCAAUCCAAGGUGUCCCAAAAACGAGGUGUACUACAACUGCACAGGCGAGUGUAUACCACGGAAAUGCGAUGAACUCGGCUUCCCACUGCAUUGCAACAAGAAGUGCAGGCCUGAGUGCGUUUGUAAGGACAACUACGUGCGGAACGAUCGUGGCGUUUGCAUCCCAAUUGAGAAGUGCCCAUCAUGUGGAGGCGAUAGAAAUGCCCAACAAGGAUGCGGCAACCAUUGCGGUAGAAGUUGCUCAGACAUCGGUAAACCACCACGACCAUGCCCACUGUUCUGCAUAUACAAUGGCUGCGACUGCAGGCCCGGAUAUUACUAUGACCCUAAUACAAAGAAAUGCGUCAAGCCUAAAGACUGCACACGCACAUGCCCAGUCAACGAAGAAUAUAGCACUUGCAUCAAUGGCGGCUGCGUUGCACGUAACUGCAGUCAACUUGGCAAGCCAGUGAUUUGCGUAAAAAUAGACCCCAAAUAUUGCAUCAAGGGAUGCGUUUGCAUAAAGGGCUACUUGAGGGACAAAAACGGAAUUUGUGUGCCAGAGAAGCAAUGCAAUACAAAAAAAUGUGGUAAACACGAGCACUGGGAUUCAUGCUACUAUAAGUGCGACGGCAACCAGACUUGCGACGACAACGACAAAAAAUGGAAUUGCCCCAAGAAAGACAAGUGCCUGAAGGGUUGCAGGUGCGAUAAGGGAUACUGCAGGGACAAGAAAGGCAACUGCGUACCGAAACAAGAACAUCCAAAACCAUGUGGUAAACACGAGCACUGGGAUUCAUGCUACUAUAAGUGCGACGGCAACCAGACUUGCGACGACAACGACAAAAAAUGGAAUUGCCCCGCGAAAGACAAGUGCCUGAAGGGUUGCAGGUGCGAUAAGGGAUACUGCAGGGACAAGAAAGGCAACUGCGUACCGAAACAAGAACAUCCAAAAAAAUGUGGUAAACACGAGCACUGGGAUUCAUGCUACUAUAAGUGCGACGGCAACCAGACUUGCGACGACAACGACAAAAAAUGGAAUUGCCCCAAGAAAGACAAGUGCCUGAAGGGUUGCAGGUGCGAUAAGGGAUACUGCAGGGACAAGAAAGGCAACUGCGUACCGAAACAAGAACAUCCAAAAAAAUGUGGUAAACACGAGCACUGGGAUUCAUGCUACUAUAAGUGCGACGGCAACCAGACUUGCGACGACAACGACAAAAAAUGGAAUUGCCCCAAGAAAGACAAGUGCCUGAAGGGUUGCAGGUGCGAUAAGGGAUACUGCAGGGACAAGAAAGGCAACUGCGUACCGAAACAAGAACAUCCAAAAAAAUGUGGUAAACACGAGCACUGGGAUUCAUGCUACUAUAAGUGCGACGGCAACCAGACUUGCGACGACAACGACAAAAAAUGGAAUUGCCCCAAGAAAGACAAGUGCCUGAAGGGUUGCAGGUGCGAUAAGGGAUACUGCAGGGACAAGAAAGGCAACUGCGUACCGAAACAAGAACAUCCAAAAAAAUGUGGUAAGCACGAGCACUGGGAUUCAUGCUACUAUAAGUGCGACGGCAACCAGACUUGCGACGACAACGACAAAAAAUGGAAUUGCCCCAAGAAAGACAAGUGCCUGAAGGGUUGCAGGUGCGAUAAGGGAUACUGCAGGGACAAGAAAGGCAACUGCGUACCGAAACAAGAACAUCCAAAAAAAUGUGGUAAACACGAGCACUGGGAUUCAUGCUACUAUAAGUGCGACGGCAACCAGACUUGCGACGAAAACGACAAAAAAUGGAAUUGCCCCAAGAAAGACAAGUGCCUGAAGGGUUGCAGGUGCGAUAAGGGAUACUGCAGGGACAAGAAAGGCAACUGCGUACCGAAACAAGAACAUCCAAAACCAUGUGGUAAACACGAGCACUGGGAUUCAUGCUACUAUAAGUGCGACGGCAACCAGACUUGCGACGACAACGACAAAAAAUGGAAUUGCCCCGCGAAAGACAAGUGCCUGAAGGGUUGCAGGUGCGAUAAGGGAUACUGCAGGGACAAGAAAGGCAACUGCGUACCGAAACAAGAACAUCCAAAAAAAUGUGGUAAACACGAGCACUGGGAUUCAUGCUACUAUAAGUGCGACGGCAACCAGACUUGCGACGACAACGACAAAAAAUGGAAUUGCCCCAAGAAAGACAAGUGCCUGAAGGGUUGCAGGUGCGAUAAGGGAUACUGCAGGGACAAGAAAGGCAACUGCGUACCGAAACAAGAACAUCCAAAAAAAUGUGGUAAACACGAGCACUGGGAUUCAUGCUACUAUAAGUGCGACGGCAACCAGACUUGCGACGACAACGACAAAAAAUGGAAUUGCCCCAAGAAAGACAAGUGCCUGAAGGGUUGCAGGUGCGAUAAGGGAUACUGCAGGGACAAGAAAGGCAACUGCGUACCGAAACAAGAACAUCCAAAAAAAUGUGGUAAACACGAGCACUGGGAUUCAUGCUACUAUAAGUGCGACGGCAACCAGACUUGCGACGACAACGACAAAAAAUGGAAUUGCCCCAAGAAAGACAAGUGCCUGAAGGGUUGCAGGUGCGAUAAGGGAUACUGCAGGGACAAGAAAGGCAACUGCGUACCGAAACAAGAACAUCCAAAAAAAUGUGGUAAGCACGAGCACUGGGAUUCAUGCUACUAUAAGUGCGACGGCAACCAGACUUGCGACGACAACGACAAAAAAUGGAAUUGCCCCAAGAAAGACAAGUGCCUGAAGGGUUGCAGGUGCGAUAAGGGAUACUGCAGGGACAAGAAAGGCAACUGCGUACCGAAACAAGAACAUCCAAAAAAAUGUGGUAAACACGAGCACUGGGAUUCAUGCUACUAUAAGUGCGACGGCAACCAGACUUGCGACGAAAACGACAAAAAAUGGAAUUGCCCCAAGAAAGACAAGUGCCUGAAGGGUUGCAGGUGCGAUAAGGGAUACUGCAGGGACAAGAAAGGCAACUGCGUACCGAAACAAGAACAUCCAAAAAAAUGUGGUAAGCACGAGCACUGGGAUUCAUGCUACUAUAAGUGCGACGGCAACCAGACUUGCGACGACAACGACAAAAAAUGGAAUUGCCCCAAGAAAGACAAGUGCCUGAAGGGUUGCAGGUGCGAUAAGGGAUACUGCAGGGACAAGAAAGGCAACUGCGUACCGAAACAAGAACAUCCAAAAAAAUGUGGUAAACACGAGCACUGGGAUUCAUGCUACUAUAAGUGCGACGGCAACCAGACUUGCGACGACAACGACAAAAAAUGGAAUUGCCCCAAGAAAGACAAGUGCCUGAAGGGUUGCAGGUGCGAUAAGGGAUACUGCAGGGACAAGAAAGGCAACUGCGUACCGAAACAAGAACAUCCAAAAAAAUGUGGUAAGCACGAGCACUGGGAUUCAUGCUACUAUAAGUGCGACGGCAACCAGACUUGCGACGACAACGACAAAAAAUGGAAUUGCCCCAAGAAAGACAAGUGCCUGAAGGGUUGCAGGUGCGAUAAGGGAUACUGCAGGGACAAGAAAGGCAACUGCGUACCGAAACAAGAACAUCCAAAAAAAUGUGGUAAACACGAGCACUGGGAUUCAUGCUACUAUAAGUGCGACGGCAACCAGACUUGCGACGACAACGACAAAAAAUGGAAUUGCCCCAAGAAAGACAAGUGCCUGAAGGGUUGCAGGUGCGAUAAGGGAUACUGCAGGGACAAGAAAGGCAACUGCGUACCGAAACAAGAACAUCCAAAAAAAUGUGGUAAACACGAGCACUGGGAUUCAUGCUACUAUAAGUGCGACGGCAACCAGACUUGCGACGACAACGACAAAAAAUGGAAUUGCCCCAAGAAAGACAAGUGCCUGAAGGGUUGCAGGUGCGAUAAGGGAUACUGCAGGGACAAGAAAGGCAACUGCGUACCAAAACAAGAACAUCCAAAAAAAUGUGGUAAGCACGAGCACUGGGAUGCAUGCUACUAUAAGUGCGACGGCAACCAGACUUGCGACGACAACGACAAAAAAUGGAAUUGCCCCAAGAAAGACAAGUGCCUGAAGGGUUGCAGGUGCGAUAAGGGAUACUGCAGGGACAAGAAAGGCAACUGCGUACCGAAACAAGAACAUCCAAAAAAAUGUGGUAAACACGAGCACUGGGAUUCAUGCUACUAUAAGUGCGACGGCAACCAGACUUGCGACGACAACGACAAAAAAUGGAAUUGCCCCAAGAAAGACAAGUGCCUGAAGGGUUGCAGGUGCGAUAAGGGAUACUGCAGGGACAAGAAAGGCAACUGCGUACCGAAACAAGAACAUCCAAAAAAAUGUGGUAAGCACGAGCACUGGGAUUCAUGCUACUAUAAGUGCGACGGCAACCAGACUUGCGACGACAACGACAAAAAAUGGAAUUGCCCCAAGAAAGACAAGUGCCUGAAGGGUUGCAGGUGCGAUAAGGGAUACUGCAGGGACAAGAAAGGCAACUGCGUACCGAAACAAGAACAUCCAAAAAAAUGUGGUAAACACGAGCACUGGGAUUCAUGCUACUAUAAGUGCGACGGCAACCAGACUUGCGACGACAACGACAAAAAAUGGAAUUGCCCCGCGAAAGACAAGUGCCUGAAGGGUUGCAGGUGCGAUAAGGGAUACUGCAGGGACAAGAAAGGCAACUGCGUACCGAAACAAGAACAUCCAAAAAAAUGUGGUAAACACGAGCACUGGGAUUCAUGCUACUAUAAGUGCGACGGCAACCAGACUUGCGACGACAACGACAAAAAAUGGAAUUGCCCCGCGAAAGACAAGUGCCUGAAGGGUUGCAGGUGCGAUAAGGGAUACUGCAGGGACAAGAAAGGCAACUGCGUACCGAAACAAGAACAUCCAAAAAAAUGUGGUAAACACGAGCACUGGGAUUCAUGCUACUAUAAGUGCGACGGCAACCAGACUUGCGACGACAACGACAAAAAAUGGAAUUGCCCCAAGAAAGACAAGUGCCUGAAGGGUUGCAGGUGCGAUAAGGGAUACUGCAGGGACAAGAAAGGCAACUGCGUACCGAAACAAGAACAUCCAAAAAAAUGUGGUAAACACGAGCACUGGGAUUCAUGCUACUAUAAGUGCGACGGCAACCAGACUUGCGACGAUAACGACAAAAAAUGGAACUGCCCCAAGAAAGACAAGUGCCUGAAGGGUUGCAGGUGCGAUAAGGGAUACUGCAGGGACAAGAAAGGCAACUGCGUACCGAAACAAGAACAUCCAAAAAAAUGUGGUAAACACGAGCACUGGGAUUCAUGCUACUAUAAGUGCGACGGCAACCAGACUUGCGACGACAACGACAAAAAAUGGAAUUGCCCCGCGAAAGACAAGUGCCUGAAGGGUUGCAGGUGCGAUAAGGGAUACUGCAGGGACAAGAAAGGCAACUGCGUACCGAAACAAGAACAUCGUAAGUAUCGUUUUUGGUUCUUGGAGAAAACACAUGUCGCGCAGCAAGGAUGUACAGUCACCAUCAGAUAUACUGGAGCGGCCGAGGUGCUCAAAAAUAUCUGA